GGCCGUCGCCACCAGCCCGACAGCAUCGAUCGACUGUACCGUCCGACGAAUGAAUGACAAGCAGCUGCCCUGCAUGCAGUGGAGUCGCAGCAAGGUCCCUGCGCAUCGGCAGAGGACGCUCAUCGAUGUCCAACCGUAGAACGCCGACCCAACCCGACCUGAGGGACGAGCCCGCUUGCAGAGCACCAGUACGUCCAGGACCCACUGUGGAAAACAUCAUACGAGGAGCAUCCAACAUGAGGGCACACAGCGAUGGUGGCGACGACGACGCCGAUGGCGGUGACGAUGCUAACGAAGGAUUCAGGGAGGACGGGGAAGCAGGGGACGAUGUUGACGACAUUCAUAUUUGGCCUUUGGGGAAGACGGCUGGGAGGGGGAAAGGACAUAACAGAGGUGCUGUUCGUGGACGAUCCAUUGGCCGUGGUGACAGAGGAGGCGUAAGUGACGACGACAGGAAAUCUGCGACGUACUGGUCUACGGACGACCAACUGCUCCUAGUGAGAUGCAAGCGGGAGCAAGAAAUGCACCUCCCCGGGCUGGGUCACAAUUACGGGCGGAUGAGGACAAAGGAGUGGAAGCGGGAUGACAUUGCGAAGCGGAUGGUGAACGUGGGGAGGCCUAAAGACGUCGACGACUGCAUGAAGAAGUGGGACAAUCUGUUCCAAAACUACAAAGAAGAUACAGAGGUUUCAGAAUGCCAGCGGCGAGCAGAUUUCUUCAGGCUGUCAAAUGAAGAAAGGAAGGAGUACAACUUCAAGUCCGGAUGGACAGGGUGCUCCGACGGAGGUGCGGCGGGAGAUUUGGCGCAGACCCGCCAAGUGGGUGGUGACGUCGAACACGUGGCAGUCACACCGCGUGGGACGGGAGAGGAGGGGCGCAAGGGAGAGGAGCCGGCGAGGGCAUCGAAGCAGGCGCGUGCGGAGAAGAAGAAGACGGCGGAGGAUGGCGAACCUCUCGUGAACAGGGUGCGGAAGGGCGGAAUGGAGAAAACACUCGUGGAUCGGGCGAAACUGUGGGUGGACGACAAGUCGUUCCGGACGUUGGGGGAGGGCCGCAGACUAUACAACAUCGUGAACGAUACACACGAGUACCUCGUCGCCAUCGCGAGUGGACUUCCUCUCCCGAAAGUCCCUAGAAGUGUUGCCAUGCCCAGAUCGAACGUCACGAUGAUGAGGGUUACGGAUGCAGGGCAGUUGCAGGGAGCGUUGAGGCGCGCAUCGAAAUGUCAGAACGUGGCGAUGCGGGUUUUGCAUGGAUGGGUCUUCAAGUCCGGGUGCAGAGAAAGGGGAUACACUCUCGCCUUCCAGUACGUCCCGGAAUCAAUGGCCACCGAGAUUGCACGUGCAAUGUGGCAUGGGGAGGAGUGGAGCAACGAGGUGACCUGUUGUUUGUGCGCACACGUUGGAGCUGGGGAUGGACCUGCCGCUGUGGUACGCAGGUGCCCACAUUGAAGACAGGCAAAAGGACGAUGACAUGGCAGCGUACCGGGAGGCAACUGUCAUGCGAUGCGACUGAUCGCUGCUUUCAGCACUGCGGUUGAAACGGGGCAGUCAAUCGACGGCGGAUCCAUCACUCAGGAAUGCCUGUGCCGCGUGGCGGAGAGCUUCAAGGUCCUUUUGGCUGCAUCGAUGUGGAUCAUGCGAAUAUCGGGAAAUGAACUGAGGUCCCACUA